AUGGCCAUGGUGAGUGGGGGCUGGGGAGAUCCCAAUGGGGGCACUAAUGGGCUGGGGGAGAAGGGCUAUCUGAGGGGAGAGGAGGAGGACGGUUCGCCCCAGGCAGGGGGCAGCGACAUGGAGGCCGGGGACGAGGACAAGGCAUGUGUGGUGGACUGUGUGGUGUGUGGGGACAAGUCCAGUGGGAAGCACUACGGUGUGUUCACCUGCGAGGGCUGCAAGAGCUUCUUCAAGAGGAGCAUCCGCCGCAACCUCAACUAUACCUGCAGGUGAGACUUAAUGGAUAAUUGUGAUUAUGUAAUUAUGGAUUCUCAAAGUGGAUUGAUAAUUAUAAUAGAGCUGCACAUGUAACUUUUUGGCCGACCCGACCAAAUUCACAUAGAAAUGUGUGUUAUAGAUCUGUCAUUCUCAUUGAAAGCAAGUAUAAGAAGUGGUAGAUCUGUUCUAUGUGCCCUAUUUCUAUGCUUCCCGUUCUUAAGUUUCAUUUUUGAGUGUUUUAAUUUCUGUUUUGUACACCAGCUUCAAGCAGCUGAAAAUACAAUAUUUUUGGUUAUGGAAAAUAUAUUUCACAACGGUUUAGAUGGUAUAAUGAUUAUCUACACUAUACUUGCUUGUUUUGUCACAUAAACUGAAAUUAGGCUACCUAUUAGAAUUUUAGCAACCAGGAAAUGGCGGAGUGAUUUCUGCAUAGUGCAUCUUUAAAGUGCUCAAAGCAAUUUACAUUGUAAGGGGAAAAUGCACCUUUUCCUCAACCAAACUGUAACAUACACCUGGGUAAUUAAUAUGAAUAGCUAUGUCACUGAGCCUUUAUUUCUGAUCCCUUAGUUUGUCUGUUAUGGAUAUCCCAUCUGUACAAAGCAAAUGGAUGCAAAUAGCUAGAAUGAGUCUUGCAUUAAAACAUUGUUCACUGUACAGAGCUGUUACAAUUUCCCACAGCAGUGUGCAUACCGGAUUUGUGUCAUCCCUCACUUAAAGGAAAAUAUCCCUCAAAAACAAUUUUUUGGACUUUGUUUCAUUAGUCUGUCUGUUUCAUUAGACUGUUGACACAGUCCCAACAUUUUUGGCAUGUCAGCAAUCAAGUUUUCAAGAUAUAGAACUUUCAAAAUACAGAAAGUGUCACAGUAUGAUGCGUUUUGCAUCAUAUUUUGAAAGUUCUAUAUCUUGAAAACUUGAUUGCUGACAUGCAAAACAUUUUAGGACUGUAUCAACGUUGAACUAAUGAAUCAAAUACCAAAAUACCGUUUUUGAGUGGUAUUUUCCUUUAAUUGAGAGCCUUUCAUGAUAUGAAAGGUCUCUGAAGAGAACAGCUGAAUUAAACAUUGUAUGACACACCAUCAUUGUUUAUUGGCAGAUGUCUUGAUUGUCAAUAUUAUUAGUAGACAACAAUAUGCAACAAUUGAGGGUUGAAUAUAAACCUAUAUUGCAUUUAAUGGUAUUGUUCAGCUCUAUAUUGCGAUAUUUUGUAAUGUACUGUGCUGUUUUGCGGUGUGCUAUUUAUUGAUUUACUUUUUUUUCCCCAUCUGCCAGAAGAUAUCAUACAAAUUCAUACAUUUUCUUGUACAAAACUGGCCUCGAAGUCAGAUGAUUGAAUUUCUUCCCCAAUGCAAUUUAGUCAUCCUUACAUCAGCCACUCUGCCCAUAUGAAAGAUCCAUGAGCAUGAUACAAUAUUAAUGCCAUGGAUCAUUUAAGGAAAGACAGUGAUUGGGUCAUACAGUAUAUACACAGCAAAUUGGCCAGUGUUACCUAGUGUUGAUCUUUCAGUGUAACAUUUCUAGUGUUAAUUCAGAAGUUAAAUUAACUCUGUAAGAGUGAAAAUAACACUCAGUGGUGUAAAAUAACCCCAGUGUUGGUGUUAAUAACCAGUGUUGAGUGUGAUUGUGUCAGUUUUACUAUGCGGAGAGUAAAACAUUCCCAUCAAAACCACAUCCAUCAUUAUCAGAUUUCCCAGCAUGCUCUACUGCAGGUAGAUUUUUUUUGGUAACACUUCAUUUUAAGGGGUCCUUAUUACACUGUAACAAGUAUUGUAGUUAAUUGUGAUUACUCAUAGUUACACUGUAAUAACAACAUGUAACUGGUUGUAAUUGCGGUCUGUAAUUACAGAGGCGUAACAACAAAUGCUUUUUACCAUGCUUGUUAGAAAUGGACAAGUUUCCACUAAAUUCACCAAUUUAGUGUUUUGUUUCUUCUCAGAUGCAUCUGACGCAGUAAUAACUGUCACAAGGUUGUAAUCUCUUGUGGACAGAUGUGCUGGGUGUCCGAGAUUACAAAGGUUGGAAGCUCAAAAGGCUUUAAUUACCUACCUGUGAAUGCGCACUCUUCUAAAUCUCUACUCAAUGUUGUUGCUAGCACUUGCCCCCAAAAAGUGUACCAUCUGGGUUAACAUGGUUGAGUUUACAAUAACAGAUAUAGGUCAAUCUCACUGACUGGGGUCUACCAUGCUGGUGUCAUCCCAGAUGAUAAUUUAAAAAAUUACUUAUAAUUAAUGUGUAUGUUACCCAUUAUGACAACCUGAACCUCCUUGCCAUCCAAGUAAGAAUAUAAACCCACAAGUACCUCACAGAGUACAUGUAAAAUCUGCAUAAGUACAAUGUAAUUACUUGGUGUUACACAGGAUUUUGCUAGUUAAAAUGAAGUGUAUCUUGACGUGUACUUACUUGUAAUUAUUGUGUACCUACAAAGUACAUUACCCAUUCUAGCAAUCUAAUCAUCAGCUUCUGAAAGCGCCAUCCAAGUGAGAAAAUAAACACACUAAUACAACAGAGUGCAUAUCUGUAAUAUCUGCAUAAGUACAAGGUUGUCGAUAGUUCUUACACAGAAUGUAGCUAUUUAAAGUGAAGUGUAACUUUAUAGUUACCUAUGAGCAAUUUCUAUAUAAUUACUUAUUAUUCAUUACCAAGUGAAAAUACCUACAAACAAAAGAGCUUCUACUUUAGUAAACUUUAUUGAAACAUGAAAAAAUAUCUUACAUUUCUUUCAAAAUAAUAAGGAUUUUAUUGUUAGAUUAGUAAUUUGAUUAAUUUGAUUAAACAAAGAUAUAUAGGCUCACUCAAUAACAUAAACAUAACUAUUUAAGUGGUGAAUCAAAUCUGUAUCCUAUAGUAUGGUGAGUAGCCUAGAUAGCUAGCUAAUUUAGAAAAGGGGAGUGUCUUUCUCUGACCUUUUUAACAUUACAAGUAACAAUGGAAUUAGACAAUUAUGUCUGACUGUCUUCAUCCGUUUGUUUCUUGUAAGCAUCCUGGAGUCUGAGACUUGUGGGAAUAUGUGGUAGAGAAGAAGAAUGUAUGACAAUUUAGCAUAGACACUAUACAUUGCCACUAGUUAUCAUCAUCAUGAUUUCUAUACUUUAGGCAUAUACAGUGGGGAAAAAAAGUAUUUAGUCAGCCACCAAUUGUGCAAGUUCUCCCACUUAAAAAGAUGAGAGAGGCCUGUAAUUUUCAUCAUAGGUACACGUCAACUAUGACAGACAAAUUGAGAAGAAAAAAAAUCCAGAAAAUCACAUUGUAGGAUUUUUUAUGAAUUUAUUUGCAAAUGAUGGUGGAAAAUAAGUAUUUGGUCACCUACAAACAAGCAAGAUUUCUGGCUCUCACAGACCUGUAACUUCUUAUUUAAGAGGCUCCUCUGUCCUCCACUCGUUACCUGUAUUAAUGGCACCUGUUUGAACUUGUUAUCAGUAUAAAAGACACCUGUCCACAACCUCAAACAGUCACACUUCAAACUCCACUAUGGCCAAGACCAAAGAGCUGUCAAAGGACACCAGAAACAAAAUUGUAGACCUGCACCAGGCUGGGAAGACUGAAUCUGCAAUAGGUAAGCAGCUUGGUUUGAAGAAAUCAACUGUGGGAGCAAUUAUUAGGAAAUGGAAGACAUACAAGACCACUGAUAAUCUCCCUCGAUCUGGGGUGCCACGCAAGAUCUCACCCCGUGGGGUCAAAAUGAUCACAAGAACGGUGAGCAAAAAUCCCAGAACCACACGGGGGGACCUAGUGAAUGACCUGCAGAGAGCUGGGACCAAAGUAACAAAGCCUACCAUCAGUAACACACUACGCCGCCAGGGACUCAAAUCCUGCAGUGGCAGACGUGUCCCCCUGCUUAAGCCAGUACAUGUCCAGGCCCGUCUGAAGUUUGCUAGAGUGCAUUUGGAUGAUCCAGAAGAGGAUUGGGAGAAUGUCAUAUGGUCAGAUGAAACCAAAAUAUAACUUUUUGGUAAAAGCUCAACUCAUCGUGUUUGGAGGACAAAGAAUCCUUUGUUAAAUCCAAAGAACACCAUACCUACUGUGAAGCAUGGGGGUGGAAACAUCAUGCUUUGGGGCUGUUUUUCUGCAAAGGGACCAGGACAACUGAUCCGUGUAAAGGAAAGAAUGAAUGGGGCCAUGUAUCGUGAGAUUUUUAGUGAAAACCUCCUUCCAUCAGCAAGGGCAUUGAAGAUGAAACGUGGCUGGGUCUUUCAGCAUGACAAUGAUCCCAAACACACCGCCCAGGCAACGAAGGAGUGGCUUCAUAACAAGCAUUUCAAGGUCCUGGAGUGGCCUAGCCAGUCUCCAGAUCUCAACCCCAUAGAAAAUCUUUGGAGGGAGUUGAAAGUCCGUGUUACCCAGCGACAGCCCCAAAACAUCACUGCUCUAGAGGAGAUCUGCAUGGAGGAAUGGGCCAAAAUACCAGCAACAGUGUGUGAAAACCUUGUGAAGACUUACAGAAAACGUUUGACCUGUUUCAUUGCCAACAAAGGGUAUAAAACAAAGUAUUGAGAAACUUUUGUUAUUGACCAAAUACUUAUUUUCCACCAUAAUUUGCAAAUACAUUCAUUAAAAAUCCUACAAUGUGAUUUUCUGGAUAUUUUUUCCUCAUUUUGUCUGUCAUAGUUGACGUGUACCUAUGAUGAAAAUUACAGGCCUCUCUCAUCUUUUUAAGUGGGAGAACUUGCACAAUUGGUGGCUGACUAAAUACUUUUUUCCCCCACUGUAGCUAGCUAGGUCUUGCUAGUUGUUGUGUUAUCCAGCUAGCAAUAAUAGUGCUUGUGUUGACACAAGUAUGUCUCACGUGAUACCCUUGGGGUACGGACACCCUGAGAACAAGGUUCAGGGAAGAUAAGACCAUCGAGCCCAGCUAGCGUUGGCUAGUGAGUAGCGACCAUAGCAUAUUUGCCAGCUUUAGGUAGGUAGCUAGCUAGUCAAGGUUAAAAAACUAUCUAGCUAGCUAGAGUGCUAGCUAAUCCCAAAAAACUCAAGAGAUUGCAUGGAAAGUAUAUUAUGUAGAUGGUUACUAGCUAGCUAGCGUUUUUGUUUUGUUUUUUUGUUCUUUGUAUUUUUUUAUUCAGACAUUUUCAAAAAUCAAAACAGGCAGAAUUCUGCUAGCUAGCCUAGUUAGUAGGUCCAACAAAAAAAACGACAGCUAACGUUUGCUAACACCAGGCUAGCUAGCUAGCAAAUGCUAGCUAACUUGUAAUCUAUGCUAAAUCGUCCAGCAGAAUUCAUGUAUCCAAAAAAGCAAAACAAAUUGCAUGGAAAACCUACUUACUCUCUCCUGUGUUGACAUUUUUCUCCAACAACACUUUGUUUCUUUCGCGGCAAUCUUUCAUGUAUGGAUUUUGCACACUGACCUUCUUCUCGACCCCUCUGGACAGAACUUGACAUGAUGCCUUAAUUCCUGGGAUAAAUAAAUAAUUGCACCAAUGCAUCUCAUCCAAAACUGAGAGUGUUCCUCAACAGUGAAACCUUUGCAAGGUUACAUGAUGGAAUAAGAGUUUGUUUUAUGACCAUUUUAAGUGCAUUUAUAAACCCUUAUUCAACCAAGCUUAAUAGAUGUGUUGGUUGUUUAGCAACAAAACUGACGCAUGAGUAACUAUGGGGCAAAACAGAUAGUUGGCUUAGGUUGUUGACAACAUGUAAGCUAUAUUUUGUCUAAUGUUUUUGAAAACAUAAAUAUAUUAGCAAAAUGAGCACUUGCUGUCGCUCAAAUACAUUUUUACAGUUGUUGGUUAGCUCGCUAGCGAAUUUGAGCCAUAUUAGCAUUGACAUGAAAUCAGUCAAACACCUCAAAACAAGAUAUGGUAUCCAGAACAAGAUGAAACGAGCCACUACCGAUUCCCCACAUGGCAGUUUCUUGUCAUUCUUGCUAACACUGGCCAUACAGAAUCACAACAACACGCUGACUUCUGCCACAUGGAAGCGCGCACAUCGUUUUUGUGAUGUUGUCAGCUAACCCAUCUAUAGGCUUACAAUUUGGCAAGCACGAAUUACUAUCUCACAAUUUUAACCAUAGCUUUUUAUGAAUGUGUAAAAAUUAAAAUAAAAUAUAGUUAAAGUAAUUGACACAUUGUCAAAUGCACCGUUAAAUUAUUUAACAAUGUAAAGUUUGUUUUUAUGUGAACCGUUUGUGAACCUGUUUUUGCCAUUGGGUCUGGGCAUCAGACUCCAGAUCUUUAUUGCAGAGUUGUGUCAAUGAGGUGUUUGUUUUUCAAUUGACUUACGCUUAUCACAUGGUUUGUGCAGGCUGAAAUAUGGUGUGUUGGGAUGCUAUCGGAAACAUAAACAUUUGUAACAAGCAUGGUAACAAGCAUUCGUUGUUACAUCCCUGUUACCACCAGUUAUAUGAAGUUAUUACGGUGUAACUAUGAAUUAUUACAAUUAGUUACAAUACUUUUUACAGUGUAAUUACAUAUGUAAUUACAUUGUAAUAAGGACCCCUUAAAAUGAAGCGUUACCCAUUUUUAGGAUAUUUUCUUAUAUUUGUGUUUUUGCAUGUUAUAUUUGUGUUUUCGAUUGAUUGAUUAGUCUUAUGCUACACAAAGAUAUAUAACAUACAUUUUUUAUAAACUAAUCCAAUCAGUUAGUUAGAUUUAUUGCACCUGUUACUGAAAUGGUUGUUCCAGUUUAAAUGGUUUAGGUAGUCUCCUCACAAUGUUCCUAACCCUGACAGUCAUUGUGAACGCAGGUUGCUGGUGAUUUUUCUUCUCCAAAUGUUGGAUAUCCUAACUCUGGUUGGAUUCCAAUAGGAAUUACACAUCACUUUGAAAGCCAGCAUAAUGUGGCUUGCAUGUCUGAUGUGGCCUGUAAACCAGAAGGUUCCUUACACCGCUGUGUUAGGUUCAAACUUGGCAAUCAAAGUAAGGCCUUAUGAUAUAUUUAUGUAUUGUAAGAGUUUGCUGUCCAUAGGAUCAUAGGACUGAAAAUGAACGAAUUCAACAACCAUGUCUCUGUCACCAACAAAUAUGGUGACGCGUGAUAACUUUAUAAUUCACUCGACAAGGCAAGGCACACUGGGAAAUUAUAUUGGGGGCGUGGCUUUCAAAUCGUUGUUUUUGGCCACUCAUGAGUGGAAGUGUUGCACAAGUUGCUAACAUAAGAGCAUGUGGCAUUAAACAUGUGUAGAUAUUAUUGUAAUGUCCUUAAUCCAACAUGAGUGACCUUGUUAAGAGAUACUGAUCUCUUUGCGUAAUGGUUAAAAAUACUAUAUGAGGUGUUUUUGUGUAACACCAUUGGUGCAAACUAUAUACACUUCCUAGUGUUAAAAAUACUAUAUGAGGUGUUACUGCAUAACACUAAAUGUGUUAAUUCCUUAACACUGACACACUUUUCAGUGUUAAUUUAAAAGUAGAGAAUUGGCCGUGCACUUAUAUAACCUGGUUCUGUAAACCAGCUUAUAGCUAUAAUAUAUUUAAAUAGAAGCUUAUUUUGAAUCACAUCUUGUUUUAUGCUUCAUCUUUUUACAGCUACCCUCUAUUAAUGUUAUGCAAUCAUUUAGAUAUGGUCUGGUAACUCACAACUGCCUGGGAAUGUUUUAUAUCACAUUGAAGUGACCUUCCUCCAUUAAAGUGAUGGUACACAUACUGUAUAUGCUACUAUAGAUUUCUGCCAAGGGUUAUGUAGCUGUUGUAAGUGUCAGCUAAGCUAAAUGUCCUUAUCAUUUGUGGAUGGCAUAGCAGUGAUGACAUGUUUUGAUCUUAUAUUUCAGGUCGAAUCGAGAGUGCCAGAUUGACCAACAUCACCGUAACCAGUGCCAGUACUGUCGCCUGGAGAAGUGCUUUCGAGUAGGAAUGCGCAAAGAAGGUACUUUUCCUGUCCACAUACAAUAGAACACCUGCAUAUAUAGGUUUCUGUGUAAAUUCAUGCAGAAUAUGUUUAUGUUGACUUAAGAUACAUGAACUCCAGGCAAGAAGAGACAGUGUAGAUUUCUGCCCUAAAAAAACAAGUUUAUUUCAAAGUUAUUUUUUUUUACCAUUACAUGGUCACCCACAUGAAACAAUACUACAGUUUAUUAUAGAAGUAUUAUCCCUCGAUCAUGUGUAGUACUACCUAUAGAAUGUUCUAGUAUACUGUAGAAUACUAUAGUAAAUACUACAGUAUUAUCCCCCGCAAAAACACUGUAGUAAAUACUACAGUAAUGUCCGCACAAACGCUACAGUCCGCAAAAACAAUAUAUAUAAAAAACUAAAUUAAAUACUACAGUAUUUAAUUUGCAUAUACCUUGCCCAUUCCCUUCACCCAUACCACAAUUUGUGCUCAAGGAGAAAGCAUCCACUUCUAUGUCAAAGAUAAGAAAACAAAAACACACUAUAGUAAAACCUACAUUAAUUUCUGUAAAAACACUACAGUAAAUACUACAAUCUGCAAAAACACUACAUUAAUUACUAUAGUAUAUACUACAGUUUCUAUACUAUAGUUAACUGUAAAUAUUACAGGAUCCACUGUAGUGGUUUUGCAGACUUUAGUCUGCAAAAACCCUACAGUGAAUACUAUAGUAUUUUUUCAUGUGGGCCAUAGUGCAUGUCACAUAUAACUACCCUGGCCCUAUCAUAGCUAAGCUUGCCAUGCGUGCAGUCUCGAUGCAAUGCACUUUGUCAUUUAAUCUAGUGCCUGUGUGAGUGAGUGAGUGAGUGAGUGAGUGAGUGAGAGAGUGAGUGAGAGAUAUACAGGAGCAAGCCACCUGCGCCCCUGAGCACCAGUCAUUCACACAGAUCACUGUCUGUAUCUCAACUGUAACUAUAGCCCCAAGUUAUGUAACCCAGUAUAUGCAGUGGUUGGUUGUUUUUCCAUAGUCAUUUGAAUAUAUAUAACAUUCCAUCUGUUUGGAAGUGGUGAUGGUUCCACCGUUACCCUGGUUGUAUGUCAUCUUAUACUUUAGCCUAAUGAAGCCCUAAGUAAAAUACAGUAUCCCUAUGCCAUUGAUAUGAAGCAUUAUUGUAGCCUAAGGUAAAGGGUCUGUAGCUUGAAGCUCAGAACGAUAUAGCCCACAAUGAUUUAAUUGAGCUGUUGCAGAAAAUGUAGAGGAAUGCAACUCUAAAUGCUGCCUCUUCAGUCUAAUAUCGAUGACUCUGCCUUCCGUUAUCUGCAUAUUAGAGUUGAAUUUCCCUUUCCCCCUCAAGGUUAAAUGACUCACUCAAUGGCUUAAUACGUUAACUAUGGUUGGGAGCAUUAUAGCAGUAUUUGAUAUAGCCACGCUCUAUUUCAUCCUUACAAAGAAGCAAAAUCAUUUCAUUUUCUUUCUGAGAGCAAUCAAUCUGAAAACAAAAGCCAUAAUGUCAUAUUUUAUCCCACUUUUGGUAAUACAAAUCUUUACACAGUAAAAAAUGAACUCCAGAGGAGAAUUAAUCAGAGGAAAUGAAAUUGUAAUGGAUAAUUCUGCUUGCUGUCUUUGUUUUAUUCUUCGAGAUAACCUUCAGUUGGAGGAUUCUCGAAGAAUGCGUGUCCUCCGUUUCGCCCUCUUUUAUUGAGGAAUCUGUCUGCUCCCCAUUGUGCUCACUUUAAUCUGGAAUUAGAUGGUCCUUAUCUGGUCAAGACCGUCUGUUGUUAAUCUGCCAAACCUCCUACUGCGAGAGAGCAUACCCGAAUCAUUUUCAACUUCUCCCCCCCUGCCCUCCCUACUUUUCACCCCAAAUCCUAAUCCCUUUCGUCCUCCCCAUUUCCCUGCCCCUUCUUAACUCCAUCCCAACCCCCCUUUGUGGCCCCAUCCCCACCCCAGCAGUUCAGCGCGGACGUAUCCCCCCAUCACACUCCGGCCUCAGCCCCACGGGCACCCCAGUAGGUGGCGGUAGUGGCGUAGGAGGGGCCGAUUUCUACAACAACAAUGGUGGGCAGCCUGUGUCAGAGCUCAUCUCCCAGCUGCUGCGUGCCGAGCCCUACCCCAGCAGCCGCUACGGCCACCAGUACAACCAACAGGGCCAGGCCACCGGCGCGGGAGGGGCCGUCAUGGGCAUUGACAACAUCUGCGAGCUGGCAGCUAGGCUGCUCUUCAGCACCAUUGAGUGGGCCAGGAACAUCCCCUACUUCCCAGAGCUGCCUGUGUCAGAGCAGGUGGCUCUCCUCAGGUUGAGCUGGAGCGAGUUAUUCAUCCUGAACGCAGCCCAGUCCGCCCUGCCCCUCCACAUGGCCCCACUGCUGGCCGCGGCGGGCUUCCAUUCCUCGCCCAUGUCGGCCGAGCGGGUGGUGUCCUUCAUGGACCAGGUGAGGGUGUUCCAGAACCAGGUGGAAAAGCUGAGCCGGCUCCAGGUGGACUCUGCCGAGUACAGCUGCCUUAAGGCCAUCGCCCUCUUCUCGCCAGGUGAGAUGUCUGUUUUAUUUUAUUCCCACCUUGUACUGUAUGUGGAUUUAGAUGACUGAGUCUGUUGAGAUUUGUUUUGACAUGCUGAUACUUUUUGGCAUGCAUGUCAGACUUUUCAACCUACAUUCUGAGACUUUUUGGCAUGCAUGUUAGACUUUUUGACCUAUACAGUGGGCAGAACAAGUAUUUGAUACACUGCCGAUUUUGCAGGUUUUCCUACUUACAAAGCAUGUAGAGGUCUGUAAUUUUUAUCAUAGGUACACUUCAACUGUGAGAGACGGAAUCUAAAACAAAAAUCCAGAAAAUCACAUUGUAUGAUUUUUAAGUAAUUAAUUUGCAUUUUAUUGCAUGACAUAAGUAUUUGAUCACCUACCAACCAGUAAGAAUUCCGGCUCUCACAGACCUGUUAGUUUUUCUUUAAGAAGCCCUCCUGUUCUCCACUCAUUACCUGUUAACUGCACCUGUUUGAACUUGUUACCUGUAUAAAAGACACCUGUCCACACACUCAAUCAAACCGACUCCAACCUCUCCACAAUGGCCAAGACCAGAGAGCUGUGUAAGGACAUCAGGGAUACAAUUGUAGACCUGCACAAGGCUGGGAUGGGCUACAGGACAAUAGGCAAGCAGCUUGGUGAGAAGGCAACAACUGUUGGCGCAAUUAUUAGAAAAUGGAAGAAGUUCAAGAUGACGGUCAAUCACCCUCGGUCUGGGGCUCCAUGCAAGAUCUCACCUCGUGGGGCGUCAAUGAUCAUGAGGAAGGUGAGGGAUCAGCCCAGAACUACACGGCAGGACCUGAUCAAUGACCUGAAGAGAGCUGGGACCACAGUCUCAAAGAAAACCAUUAGUAACACACUACGCCGUCAUGGAUUAAAAUCCUGCAGCGCACGCAAGGUCCCCCUGCUCAAGCCAGCGCAUGUCCAGGCCCAUCUGAAGUUUGCCAAUGACCAUCUGGAUGAUCCAGAGGAGGAAUGGGAGAAGGUCAUGUGGUCUGAUGAGACAAAAAUAGAGCUUUUUGGUCUAAACUCCACUCGCCGUGUUUGGAGGAAGAAGAAGGAUGAGUACAACCCCAAGAACACCAUCCCAACCGUGAAGCAUGGAGGUGGAAACAUCAUUCUUUGGGGAUGCUUUUCUGCAAAGGGGACAGGAUGACUGCACCGUAUUGAGGGGAGGAUGGAUGGGGCCAUGUAUCGCGAGAUCUUGGCCAACAACCUCCUUCCCUCAGUAAGAGCAUUGAAGAUGGGUCGUGGCUGGGUCUUCCAGCAUGACAACGACCCGAAACACACAGCCAGGGCAACUAAGGAGUGGCUCCGUAAGAAGCAUCUCAAGGUCCUGGAGUGGCCUAGCCAGUCUCCAGACCUGAACCCAAUAGAAAAUCUUUGGAGGGAGCUGAAAGUCCGUAUUGCCCAGCAACAGCCCCGAAACCUGAAGGAUCUGGAGAAGGUCUGUAUGGAGGAGUGGGCCAAAAUCCCUGCUGUAGUGUGUGCAAACCUGGUCAAGAACUACAUGAAACGUAUGAUCUCUGUAAUUGCAAACAAAGGUUUCUGUACCAAAUAUUAAGUUCUGCUUUUCUGAUGUAUCAAAUACUUUUAUCAUGCAAUAAAAUGCAAAUUAAUUACUUAAAAAUCAUACAAUGUGAUUUUCCUCUACAUGCUUUGUAAGUAGGAAAACCUGCAAAAUCGGCAGUGUAUCAAAUACUUGUUCUCCCCACUGUAUGUCGACCUGCUACAUUUUGAGACUUUUGACUACUGUGCAUACUUACAUAUUCAAACUAUUUACUUGCAUGCUGGGACUUUUGACUAACAUGCUGAGACUUUAACAUAUGCACUACAUGACCAAAAGUAUGUGGACACCUGCUCGUCGAACAUCUCAUUCCAAAAUCAUGGGCAUUAAUAUGGAGUUGGUCCCCCCUUCGCUGCUAUAACAGCCUCCACUCUUCUGGGAAGGCUUUCUACUAGAUCUUGGAACAUUGUUGCGGGGACUUGCUUCCAUUCAGCCAUGAUCAUUAGUGAGGUCGGGCACUGAUGCUGGGCGAUUAUGCCUUGCUCGCAGUCGGCGUUCCAAUUCAUCCCAAAGGUGUUCAAUGGGGUUGAGGUCAGGGCUCUGUGCAGGCCAGUGAAGUUCUUCCACACCGAUCUCGACAAACCAUUUCUAUAUGGACCUUGCUUUGUGCACGGGGGCAUUGUCAUGCUGAAACAGGAAAGGGCCUUCCCCAAACUGUUGCCACAAAGUUGGAAGCACAGAAUCGUCUAGAAUGUCAUUGUUUUCUGUAGCGUUAACAUUUUCCUUCACUGGAAAUAAGGGGCCUAACCUGAACCAUGAAUAACAGCCCCAGACAAUUAUUCCUCCAACAAACUUUACAGUUGGCACUAUGCAUUGGGGCAGGUAGCGUUUUCCUGGCAUCCGCCAAACUCAGAUUUGUCCGUCGGACUGUCAGAUGGUGAAGCGUGAUUUAUCACUCCAGAGAACGCGUUUCCACUGCUCCAGAGUCCAAUGGCGGUGAGCUUUACACCACUCCAGCCGACGCUUGGCAUUGCGCAUGGUGAUCUUAGGCUUGUGUGUGGCUGCUCGGCCAUGGAAACCCAUUUCAUGAAGCUCCCGACAAACAGUUCUUGUGCUGAUGUUGCUUCCAGAGGCAGUUUGGAACUCGGUAGUGAGUGUUGCAACCGAGGACUGACGAUUUUUACGCGCAACGCACUUCAGCACUCGGCGGUCCCGUUCUGUGAGCUUGUGUGGCCUACCACUUCGCGGCUGAGCCGUUGUUGCUGCUAGAUGUUUCCACUUCACACUGUAUUUCUAAUGGGAAAGCAUAUCACUCUACAUCAGGGCUUUCCAACCCUGUUCCUGGAGAGCUACAUUCCAAUAUGUUUUCGCUCUAAUCUAGCACACCUGAUUCUAAUAAUUAGCUGGUUGAUAAACUGAAUCAGGUUAGGUACAACUGGGGUUGGAGCGAAAACCUACAUGAGGGUUGCUCUCCAGGAACAGUGUUGGAGAGCACUGCUCUAUGUUAUCUAAGGAUAACCAAGCACCUGUUGACUGAAUGAAAUGACAACGCCUGAACACGGGUAUACUGGUAGAUUUGAGGAGUGUGGUACCCUCACCUGGCACAACAAUGCAAGUGCAGAGUACAAUCACAGGCCUUAUGUAAAUGUAUGGUAGUGUGGUGUUUUUCAACUCCGGUCCUCGAGUAGCCUACCCAACAGCACACAUUUUAUUGUAGUCCCGAACUAAAACACCUGAUUCAACUCAUUGAGGGCUUGAUGAUUAGUUGACAAGUUGAAUUGGGUGUCCCGUUUAAAAAUAAAAUGUGUGUGCUCAAGGACGAGAUGAGAAAAACUGUGGUAGUCAACAUUGUAAUUGAAAGGUCUGCACUGCACACUUACCCUGAGAGCAUAACAUGUUGACAUGUAAAUAAAACAAUUUUGAAUUACCCAAAUCAAAAAUACCCAAACAAAAGAUAGAAAUGAUACAAUGUGUACAAAACGGGAAAACAGAAGCGGUACAACCUAACCUUUUUAGUUGUCGGAUACAAUCUUUUUCUUGUUGGUGCAAACUGAAAGCAACCGUUCAUCUUUAUUUAGGGUCCCGUCUCAGUUAAGUACUGCUCCCUCCUACUUUGUCUCACCUCAACUAUCUCUUCCUCCCUUCUUCCCUCUCAGAUGCCUGUGGCCUGACAGACCCGGCCCACGUGGAGUCUCUGCAGGAGAAGGCCCAGGUGGCUCUGACAGAGUACGAGCGGAUGCAGUACCCAGGUCAGCCCCAGCGCUUCGGCCGCCUGCUCCUCCGCCUGCCCGCCCUCCGCGCGGUGCCCGCCAACCUCAUCUCCCAGCUCUUCUUCAUGCGUCUGGUGGGCAAGACGCCCAUCGAGACGCUCAUCCGUGACAUGCAGCUCUCCGGAAGCUCCAUCAGCUGGCCUUACGUCCCUGGACAGUAACCCCCAAAAGGAAGUCUCCGUCUGGGCAGUGACGACAAGAACCACAGGUUCCUCUGACUCAUCAGGAUCCAUCUGUGUGAUCCUAUGCUAGCGCCAGCUGGACAUCAUACAUGUUGUACUGCCUCCAUGAACUGAGCUCUCCAUACCAGCCUAGUGCCAGCUGGGUCUAUUGCCAGCACACUGGUGCCAACACACCUAUUGUGCACCAUUAUGGCAACCCAAGUCAGCCAUGCCAUCCGCAUGCCAUAGUGACUUACAUACACACAUUAAUGUCCCGCCAAUAGAGGUCACUGAAACCAUGCCUCAUUUUCCACAUCUCAUUGCCUUUGGUGCAAAGACUUUUGACAACUACAUCAGACCUUUGGUUGGGUUUCAAACCAAGACAGAGAUCACACUUGGUGAAAUUCUGGAGAAUUCUGGUAGAAAAGCUUCAUAUAUGCAAACACAAAAGUGGUAAGAGGAAAGGAGAAGGUGCUAGUGGCUGAAAUGGAACUGGGACAAGACAUGUCACCCAAAUCUUCAUCGUCCACAGAAAUUUAACUCAAAACUGAAUUGUCCUUAAAGCUAGAAUCCUUACUUGCUACAUCCAUUUUUGGACUUAUAAAUUAAUUAUAUAUAUACCCAUUUAUUCUGCAAGAAUAUAACUUAUAAAU